GCCACAUCUGAAAUGUUGCACAGAAAAAUACCAACUUAAAUGAAGAUCAACUCUGGAAUUUAAUAUGUCUGGGUCCUAGAAACAGUGCGGAAAGCUAUCCGGAAGAGUCGGGACUCUGCCAGUGGGUCAGGCCAACUGGGUUCCAGACCUGUCAAGGGUACAAGUGGGAUACAAGUGUUGCGGAAUACAGUUUGGGCUCUGUUCUUAUGGGGCAUACCGUCUGUGGCUUGUUCCCAGUGACCAGUACCUCCACUCCCUCAGCUCCAUCAGCAAUGCUGGUUCCUGCAUACCUCCGGCUGAGGCUGCCACGAAACAGGACAACCAAAGGCCAAGUUUAUUGUUGCUGUCGUGUCUCUCAUUCUCUUCAAAAGCCAGCUGAUCUUACUAUUUGCUCCAUUUAAUGUGUGAACUUCACUGUGCAAAUGAAAUAUAUGGAAUCUGGAAUUUUCUUCAGACCAGGGACUUUUAAUUUCACCAAGUCUUAGACCAGACUUCUCUCCCAGGGGCGAACUCAACCCCAGGACAUAUCCUGUGAUUUCUGUCCUUGUUGCACUUCCCCCAAGAUUGUAAAUUUUGGAGAAGCCAUUCCUUCACCUGUAUUCUUCUUGGAACCAAACAAGUCAUUGAUGUGCACCGCGGAUGGUGGCAAUUGUUGGUGGCGGUUGUCGACACCGGAAGGACUCCCGCCUCACCUCACCCACUCCCCGCCCCCCACCCCGGGGAAAGGCGAGACCCGGGAGACGAAACAAAGGCGUCGCCCGGGCCCGGGAGGCGGAUCGAGGAGCUGGAAGAGGAGGGCAGGGGGCGGGGCCGGUUGGCGCUGCGAGUCCAUUUUGCCGCCGUGCCCCGCCGAUAACGCGAGGUCUCCGGGUCUGGAGAAGAGGCGGCCGCGCACCGCACCCGAGAUUAUGCCCGGCCUCAGUGCCAGUGCCUUGAUAUCGCCUAAGAAAGAAAAGGCGACCGUGAACCAGAAGUCGGAGCCCGGCAACCACUCUCUGGCACUGAAACUGGGAAAGUGCCUAGCGCCUGUAGCUUCGUUUGAUUGUCCAUCACAACUUCAGAACAAAACCAAACCAAACCCUGAUAGCUUUGUCCUGAGAAAUAGUAACCCUGACGAAUACACCUGCAUCUGCUUGCAGGGGACAGAGGAUGUGAUGGAGCUGCUUGAAGAAGAUCUUACGUGCCCAAUUUGUUGCAGUCUGUUUGAUGAUCCUCGCGUUUUGCCUUGCUCACAUAACUUUUGCAGAAAAUGCUUAGAAGGGAUCUUAGAGGGGACCGUGCGGAAUUCGUUGUGGAGAUCAUCUCCAUUCAAGUGCCCUACGUGCCGCAAGGAAACUUCAGCUACUGGAGUCAAUAGCCUGCAGGUUAAUUAUUCCCUGAAGGGUAUUGUGGAAAAGUAUAACAAGAUCAAGAUCUCUCCCAAAAUGCCAGUGUGCAAAGGACACUUGGGGCAGCCCCUCAACAUUUUCUGCCUGACUGAUAUGCAACUGAUUUGUGGGAUCUGUGCUACUCGUGGUGACCACACCAAGCAUGUCUUCUGUUCUAUUGAAGAUGCCUAUGCUCAGGAAAGAGAUGCCUUUGAAUCCCUCUUCCAAAGCUUUGAGACCUGGCGUCGGGGUGAUGCUCUUUCUCGCUUGGAUACCUUGGAAACUAGCAAAAGGAAAUCCCUACAGUUACUGACUAAAGAUUCAGAUAAAGUGAAGGAGUUUUUUGAGAAGUUACAACAUACAUUAGAUCAAAAGAAGAAUGAAAUCCUGUCUGACUUUGAGACCAUGAAACUUGCAGUUAUGCAAGCCUACGACCCAGAGAUCAACAAACUCAACACCAUCCUGCAGGAACAACGAAUGGCCUUUAACAUUGCUGAGGCUUUUAAAGACGUGUCAGAACCCAUCAUAUUUUUGCAACAGAUGCAGGAGUUCAGGGAGAAAAUAAAAGUAAUCAAGGAAACUCCUUUACCUCCUUCUAAUUUGCCCACAAGCCCUUUAAUGAAGAACUUUGAUACCAGUCAGUGGGAAGACAUAAAACUAGUAGAUGUGGAUAAACUUUCUUUGCCUCAAGACACCGGCACAUUUGUUAGUAAGAUUCCCUGGAGCUUUUCUCACUUUCUUGUGGUAGUCAUUCUGCUCAGCUUUCUCACUUUCUUUGGUCCUACCAUAUUCCUAGAAGGGUCUUUAUUUGAUGAAUUCACAACCUGGAAAGACCACCUCUCAAACUUCAAUUCCUAUCUGGCUAAAUCAGCUGAUUUUGUAGAACAAUCAAUGUUUUAUUGGGAACAGGUGACAGAUGGAUUUUUCAUUUUCAGUGAAAGAUUUAAGAAUAUUACUUUGCUGGUGCUGAACAAUGUGGCAGAAUUUGUGUGCAAAUAUAAACUAUUAUAAAAUCUGUUGCAAGUAUUUAGUUUUCUGUCUUUUGUUAGAAUUUUGUUUAAGAGCUGAGUGGUAGUUCAAAUUUGUCAAGUGAGAUAUUUCCCUGCCAAAAUAUUCCUUUCAAAAAUAAUGUCCUAUAUAUGUUGUUCAAAUUAGGUAGCAUAAAGAUGUGAAAUUUCAUAGUACAGUCCUGAACCCACCUUCCUUUUUAAAGAGUGCUUUUGAAAUACACUUCUUAUCUCCAAUAUUGGUUGUGUUUAUGCUGUGGAAAAAGGGGAGGUGAAAGGGGGCAUGAUCUAAUACUGUAUUUAUGAGAGGCAGUAUAGUAUAACAAUGAUUGGUCAUUUAAGCAUGUAAUAAAGACUACUCUUGUAAAACAA